AUGCUGGUCCUGCUGCUAUUGGCCCUGCUGUGGAGGGGGUCCCUGCAGGAUAAAGAGUACAAGCUGCAGGUUCUGACAUCGGUGAGGGUCCAGGAAGGCCUGUGUGUCACUGUUCCCUGCAAUUUCUCCUACCCCUGGGAAGAUUCAUUUCCAUCUGGUAAACUCUACAUCUUCUGGUUUGAGGAUGGGGCCAACAUAUACAGAGAUCCUCCGGUGGCCACAAAUAAGCAAGAGCAAACAGUGAAGACAGAGACACGGAGGCGAUUCCGCUUCCUCGGUGAUCCCAGCACUAAUGACUGUUCCCUGAGCAUCACAGAUGCCAGGAAGAGUGAUACGGGGAUCUACUUUUUGCGAGUGGAGAGAGGACUGAAAGUAAGAUACAACUACAAAGAUAAGCUGCAUUUGCGGGUGACAGACUUCAGAGAGAAACCCAACAUCUACAUCCCGGAACUUCUGGAAUCUGGCCGCCCCACAAACCUAACCUGCAGCCUACCAGGAUACUGUGAUGGAGGGAGACCACUCACCUUCUCCUGGACAGGGGGUGCCCUUAGUAGGCAGGACCCUAGCACCCUGCAGUCCUCAGUGCUCACCCUCAUACCGAGGCCCCAGGACCAUGGCACCUACCUCACCUGUCUGGUGAAACAUCAAAGACCUUGGUUGGUCACAAAGACGACCAUCCAGCUCAAUGUCUCCUAUGCUCCAAAGAACCUCACCGUCUUCUUCCAAAAUGGCACAGAUCUUGAAGUCAUGGGAAACACCUCGUCCCUUUCCAUCCUGGAGGGCCAGUCCCUGCGUCUGAUGUGUGUUGCUGAGAGCCAACCUCCUGCAGAGCUGAUCUGGUUUCAGGGAUCCCGAGCCCUGAAUGCCUCCUCCUUCUUAAACAAGGUGGACUUGGAGCUGCAUCAAGUGAGAAUUGAAAAUGAAGGAGAGUUCACCUGCAGAGCCAAGAACAGACUGGGCUCGCAAAAUGUGUCUCUGAGCCUUUCUGUACUCUACCCCCUACAGCUACUGGGGCCCUCUUGCUCCUGGGAUGCCAAGAUUCUGCACUGCAACUGCUCUGUCCAAGCCUGGCCAGCUUCCUCCUUGAACUGGUGGAUUGGGGAUAGGCUGAUCAAGGGAAACAGUAGCAAUGAUUCCCUCAUGGUCACCACCAGCUUCACCAGACCGUGGAUCAACAGCUCCCUGAGCCUCCACACGGAGCUCAGCUCUGUCCUCAGACUCUGCUGUGAGGCCCAGAAUGACCAUGAGCACAAGAGGAUCACUGUCCUGCUUCUGCCAGUGAAAUCCGCAUCCAGGGCAGAAGUGGUUCUGGGCGCCCUUGGAGGUGCUGGUACUAUGGCCCUGCUCUCCCUGUGUCUGUGUCUUGGCGUCUUUUUCAUCGUCAAAGUCCGCAGGAAGCAAGCAGCAGAGAAGUCAGGCAUCACUGAUGAUGAAGAUCCUGUCAUGGAUACAGUCACCUGGAGUCACAGGCAAAAGUCAUGGCCAGAGAACCCCCCUGAGCAAGAAUCCCCCUCUGGGGUUACUCCUCCCUUGCCAGAGGAACUGGAGCUCCAUUAUGCCUCCCUUACCUUUCAUGGAACAAUGCCACAGGAGCCUAAAGACCAGACAGCCACCAGCACCACUGAAUACUCAGAGAUCAAGACAAGCAAAUGA